AUGUUAUUUUGAUGACAUUGACCGGCCAAGUUAAAACAAAAAGGAAGAGAAGUCAAAUUUGAAAGAUGUUGAGAGUUGCAGGGAGGAGGCUCUCAUCUCAGCCGUGGAAGCCACCGCAGACAACCUCCGCCUUCCUCGCUGGAAGCACUCCUUUUAAUCACCAUGCCACCGCCGACAUUGAUUCAUCUGCCUCCAGAUCGACUCAGUCUCCUAUUCCUUUCGCAUUCGGUUCCCGCUUUCCGAAUCUAAUCAGAGGUUUUUCUUCUGAUGCCCUCACUCCAGGACAUGAUAUGGGUAUAAUCUCGGACCUCCCAGCUACUGUGGCAGCUUUGAAGAACCCUAAUUCAAAAAUUACCUAUGAUGAAUACAAUCAUGAGCGUUAUCCACCUGGUGACCCCAACAAGCGUGCAUUUGCAUAUUUUGUCUUGUCGGGUGGCAGGUUUGUGUAUGCGUCGUUACUUCGUCUCUUGAUCCUCAAGUUGGUUCUGAGCAUGUCUGCAAGCAAAGAUGUUCUUGCCCUUGCCUCUCUUGAGGUUGAUCUCUCCAGCAUUGAGCCUGGGACAACUGUUACUGUCAAGUGGCGUGGAAAGCCAGUUUUCAUCAGGCGUCGAACUAAAGAGGACAUUAGCUUGGCUAACAGUGUUGAUGUUGCAUCUCUUCGCGACCCACAGGAAGAUUCUGCCAGGGUUAAGAAUCCAGAAUGGCUUGUUGUUAUCGGGGUCUGCACCCACUUGGGAUGCAUUCCUUUACCCAAUGCUGGAGAUUUUAAUGGAUGGUUUUGCCCCUGCCAUGGUUCACACUAUGACAUCUCUGGCAGGAUUCGCAAGGGACCGGCACCAUAUAAUCUAGAGGUACCCACUUAUAGUUUCUUGGCUGAAGAUAAGUUACUUAUUGGCUGAGUGUUAGUGGAGGAGUAACAGUUCGUUUUUUGGAGCGGUAGGGUUACUGGAUGAUUCCAUAACAGAAAAUUUCCUUCCCUAAAGGGAAGAUUGAUUUUGCAAAUUUAUUUCAUAUUCCUUUUUGCUUUGUUUUCUUUACACCUUUAGAUAUUCUAUCUGCCGUGAAAAUGGGCAAGCUGAGCUUUUGAAUAAUACAACUGGAAAUUUUUUGAGCA